GACAGAGGACCUUCGAAACCUUAAAAAUAAUAAAUAAAGAAAGAAAGAAAAAGAAAAUCUACCAAUCAAAACAACCAACAAACUAGUGAAGGCAAAGCUUCGCUUGUUUAGUUAUAAUUUUGUUGAGCGACGAAGCUUAGAUAAUCUUUGGUUUGUGCUUAUGAUGCGUCGCUCUGCUUAUGCAUCCAAAAAAACGGGUCAACCCAAUUCAACCAACCCGAUUUCCUGUUCUCCCUCCGAUAUCUUUCGCACCGCUUCAAGUAAGGCAUCUUCAAAAGAGAUGGAGCGGAUUGACAACCUAUUUUAUUCUUUUGCCAAUAGGUCUUCUGGUAUGAUUGACCCAGAAGGGAUUGAGACUCUAUGUUCAGACAUGGAAGUUGAUCACACAGAUGUUAGGAUCUUGAUGCUUGCUUGGAAAAUGAAAGCCGAAAAACAAGGAUACUUUACCCUGGAGGAAUGGCGAAGAGGAUUAAAAGCACUGAGGGUUGAUACUGUAAGUAAAUUAAGGAAGGCCCUCCCUGAGCUAGAAAAAGAGGUCAGGAGACCAUCAAACUUUGUGGAUUUCUAUUCCUAUUCAUUCUGCUAUUGCCUGACAGAGGAGAAACAAAAGAGUAUAGAUAUAGAAAGCAUAUGUCAAUUGUUGGAUCUUGUUUUAGGAUCCCAAUUCCGUGCACAGGUUGACUAUUUUAUUGAGUAUUUGAAGAUUCAGAGCGAUUAUAAGGUCAUAAACUUGGAUCAAUGGAUGGGCUUUUUUCGAUUCUGCAAUGAGAUAAGUUUCCCAGACCUUAGUAAUUAUGAUCCAGACCUUGCUUGGCCAUUGGUCCUGGACAAUUUUGUAGAAUGGAUGCAGGCGAAACAGAGCUAAUGUCUUAUUAGCUUUGGUCAACUUGAUUCUCAGCUGUAAACUCCAGUAUUAAAGCAGGAAUGUCCGAAUUGCAGAACCAUGCUAUCCAGCUGAUCUUUUAUAUCUUUUUACAUCAAAACAUGAAGGUCUUCUCCAAAACUUACCUUCCAAAAUUACUUUCUUUGUGUUACAAAUAUGCAGGAGACAAUCUUAAUAUGUUGAAUCGUAUUUCUGUCUUCAUAUUCAAAACUGUUGGAUUAUGAUGUUUUAUUAUGAACAAAAUUAUUUAUGUGAUUAAAGAGAUGUUAGGUUUGUCUGA